UUCACCCGACAGUGCCCCGCACUCUCACUUAAGCCGCCACACAGCGCCGGCCGGAAAAUAACCUGAAAUACUUUUGAUUAAAAAAAUCCUCCGGGUGACCUCCGGUGUGACUCAGCGCAACUUCUGACGACGACGCCGAAGUGUCCCGGUGUACUUUCUGAUCCUCGGCGGAGCGCAAACACGGAGUUACCAAAGUCCGCGACAGGCUCCAGCGAUGGUGACUUUACGCACGGGAUUUGGAAGCUGUUUGCACUGACUCCUGUUCUCGCCGCCGAAAACUCCGUCAGCGUCGCUCCCCCCGAAGAGUCGUCAAGUUUGCAAGAAGCACACAGCGCAUGACGAACGACUGAAUCCAGAAUGAUGUCUUCCAUGCGAGCAACGCCUCCCUUUCAUCCACCGCCCGAGGAAGCAGAAGUGAUUGGUCAGGACAGUGCAGGCUGGGUUGGUGAUGAGCACGACGGCCCAAAGGAGACGGUGUCGCCUUCUUUGCAUGACCAGUCCCACCCAGAUGAACUGCAGCCAAUCAGAGAGAAACCAACAGACGCUGAGUGGGAGAGUGUCAGUCCUGCUGUGAUGGACAAUGAAAGCAGUAAAGGUGGCUCAGUCUACUCUUACCGGACUACCUCUACCUCUCCAACCAAGCCAGAGGAGUGUCCAAGGGAUCGCGGGGAGCCUGUGAUUGGCCUCGCCUUUGGGACACCAGAGCGCCGCAAAGGGAGCCUGGCAGACGUGGUGGACACACUGAAACAGAAGAAGCUCGUGGAGCUGACCAAGACAGAGCAGGACGAAGAUCUUUGA